GCGCGCACACGGGCGCUCAGAACGUAUCGCUGGCGGCUCUGUGUCCACCCGGACCACUCUGGGUCAUGGAGCCGCGUGCGGGGGACACCACAGACCCUAGGGGGAGCAGAGGAGGCCGCCGCGCUCCCCAGCGGGCCAGUCCCAGCGCCCGGCAGCUCCUGUCGCGGCUGGACGCGCGCCCCCUGGCGGCCCGAGCUGCGGCCGACGUGGCGGCGCUGGUUCGCAGGGCGGGCGCCACAUUGCGCCUGCGCCCCAAGGACGCCACUAACGAGCUGGAUUCUGCGGACAUAGAGGUCACGGACAGUCGCUUGCCUAAUCCCACUUUCAUGGAACAACGGCCUCAGCAUCGUCGGUCAGAGACCUUGGGUACACGCACGGCGCCAUCCCAAGUGACUCAGUUUAAGGCUUCGAAGCCGCCUCAGGCCUCUGGUCCGUUCUGUGUGGAGCUGGCUCGUGGUUCUGCAGGCUUUGGCCUCACACUAAGUGGAGGCCGAGACGCAGGUACAGACACUCCACUGGCAAUACGCGGGCUGCUGAAGGACGGGCCGGCACAGCGCUGUGGUCAUUUGCAGCCCGGUGACCUUGUGCUCCAUGUCAAUGGACAGUCAACUCAGGGCCUCACCCAUGCCCAGGUUGUGGAGCGAAUUCACACAGGUGGGUCCCGGCUCCACCUCGUGCUGAGCAGACCUCUUGAUACGCACCACAGCAAGCCUGAGAUGGGGGGAAGACCUCGGAAAGGAGACGAUUGCAGUCCAGAUCCUGGGGGACCAGAGGUGAUGAGAUCGCCUAGGGCCAGCGCCUCCCCACUUCAGCAGCCUCAAUCCUGUACAACACCCAAGACCUGGGGCAGCUCAGAGCCUAGCCCAGAGGGGGCAGCUGACAGCCACACUGUUCCUCCUCCUGAGCUCUGCCAGGGGGACACAGACCACCAAUCCCCGGGUUCCCCAGGACCCUGGCUGGUGCCUAGCCAGGAACGGCUCUCGCAGGCCCUAGGUGUCCCAGGGGCCACACAGCUUGCUCUGGAGAUGGCAGCUGGAAGGCGGAGGCACUAAGCAUCAUCUAACAUCUGAUGGCUGCAUGCUCACUUGAACCAGGCUUGCUCCCUCAGCCAUGCAUUAGCACUGCAAGCAGAACCACCACUUGGCCUUGUCCCCCCUCCUGCUGCACAGUUGACCAGCCCAUACUCCCCUCAUGGUGUCAUAGCCCUUCCAGACCCGCCAGCCUGGCGUUUCGGGGUGGGGAGGUAAUAAAUCUGCCGAUCUGUCUUGACUUGCCAGGUGCUCUAGGCUGGGUGGGGCUCCCAAGUCCACCUGGUAAAGGAGGGGGAGGGUCAAUCCUGUUUUGAAGAGGGCCUCUUCUUGCAACCACUGAUAAAUGCUGCUUCUUUCAUGCUUCUAGAAGGGCUUUUGCUUCUGCCGGUCCUCAGCCCAGCAUGCUUUCUCCCCACUGUUUCUCUUCGAGAACUCCUGCUUCUCUACCCAGUCAUUAAUUUCACUUCUUUUUGGAGGUGUGCAGGGCUCACAGAUAAUUAUUGAGCAUGUGUGUGGAAUGCAGAGGGGGGCCUGUUAUGGUGAGAGAACAACAGUUAUACCCACAGCCUUGGCCCUGAAUCACCUAGACCCUUGGCAGUGGCUGGAUAGCAAGGCUAGAAACUGGGUGGCUUCCUUCUUCAGGAGCCUGUGGUCUCUUACUUCCGGUCUGACACCCUCAGGGCAAGAGCUGGGGCCCUGGGGCCCCUUUGGGGUGGAGCCAGGUAGGUGUGACUCAGCGGGCUGGACUAAAAACAGCUGUUAGAACCUUUAGGCUUCUCCCCCCUCUUCCAUAGAUGGUGACAAACUGCAGCCGUACUUGUGUGCACAAGCCACAUGCUGGGCGUUCCCAGUCCUGGGAGAGGCCAGAGUUUCCUCCAUCCUGGGAACAGAGCCCUAAAGCCCAGGCUUAUAUGGCCAGGAGGACUCCAAUCUGGGUAGCCCCCAAACCGGUGCUGUCUGAGGCCAGAAAUAUGCAGUCACCUUCGCUGUCACCACAUCCUGAACAUUUGGCCUCAUCUCUCCAACAAGGGAAGCUGUGGUCAGUGGGCAGUUUUCACUCCUAUGGGGAGGGGCCAGGAGUGGGGAGAGAAAUGAAAGGACCAGAAUGUGAGUGAGCAUCCAGGGCAGCCCUCGAGAGGAGAGAAGGACUACAAAGCCAGGCUGGGAGUUGGGUUAUAAAGAGGUGAGCCACUUCGGUGUGGCUCAGUUGGUUGGGCAUCAUCCUGCAAACCAAGGGGUGGCUGGUUCAAUUCCUGGCCAGGGCAAAUGCCUGGUUUGCUGACCCCUGUUGGGGUGGGUGUGAGAGAAGCCACUGAUUGAUGUUUCUCUCCCUCUCCUUCUCCCUUCCUUCCCCUAUCUCUAAAAAUAAAUAAAUAACAUCUUUAAAAAAGAGGUGAAGAAGUGGACCCUGACUCAGAGCUUGGUAGAGGUAUGGUUCCACAGAAGUAAGGAAAGGACUGCUGAGCCCCAGUUCAGGAGACUAACAAUAGUAACCCCAGCCACCAUUUACUUGGCCUUAUCCCUGCUACUGGCUUCACUUGCACUAUUUCCAUCUAGUUACACAUCUAUUAACUAAUCUUAAUAUGUCCAUUUCACAGAGGAGGCAAGUGAGGCACAACGAGUAUAUGUAGCUGGGUGGGGGUGUUGAAGCAAGAUUUAAUCAAGGCUUGAUUCCUAAGCCUUAAUCUCACCUUCAUUUGAGAAGUAUGAAUCAACUCCAACUGUUUACCUUGCACUGUGAUAGGCACUAGGGCAAUGCUGGGGGAAAAACAUAAAGAUUUCUAUCCUUGUGUAGUUGAUGUACUGGGGGUAAAACAUGUCAGAAGAGAUAGGAAAAUUACUAAUAUCAUAAGGAAGUGAGCCCUGGCUGGUGUGACUCAGUGGAUUGAGCACUGGCCUCCGAUCCAAAGGGUCGCUGCUUUGAUUCUCAGUCUAGGGCACAUGCCUGGGUUGUGGGCCAGGUCCCUGGUGGGGGGCACUCAAGAGGCAACCACACAUUAGUGUUUCUCUCCCUUUCUCCCUCCCUUCCCCUCUCUAAAAUAAAUAAAUAAAUCUGAAAAAAAAAAGAAGGAAGUGAGAGUUAUGAAGACAGCAAGGAGGUUUUGAUGGAGAAGGUAAAUUAUGAAGGGCUGCUGGCCUCUUUAAAGACAUAACAUUUGAGCUGGGACCUGGAUGACCAGAAGCCAGAUGUAGAAAGGUCUGGGGGAAGGGUGCUGACAGCAGUAGGAACAUCAAGUUCAAAGGCUCUGAUGCAUAGCAAAGCAUGUUAUGUUCUAAAAACUCAAGCAUGUCUUCACAGAGUGGGAAAGCACACACCGAGCACUGGGAAAAAGUAUGUUUCAUCCCUUCCACUAUCUCAAUUACUUUUUCACUGGGCUGAAAGAGGGGAGCCCCUUCUUUGGUUUUGAGGGGCCUGGGGCUAGGAAAUGGAGAUCAGGCAAGCCAUCGGGUUGAACUAUCCUGGCCUUCCAGUCACAACCCUUGCCUCAUCAAAUGAGAUGAGAAUAAAACCAAUGUCCAGUCUAGAGAGUAUGGCCCCCAGCCCAUCUCAGGGGAGAUCCAGAUUCCUGUAACCAGGUGCCGAUCUCACAUGCAGAAAUAGGGUGAAUCAGAAGAAAUUCCUUGCUCAGGGUAACAUACUCUCCAAAUGUGGUCGGCCUUGUCACCCAGCCUGGUACUCCACAAGCCUUCUCCUCAUUUUGCCAAGCUCCCAGUAAUCAAACCCAUGAUCCUUUUCCAUUCUUCAUCUAGGGUUGGGCUGACUGCCCCCCUCCUCAGAACCAGAAAACCAGACUUCCCUAGGAUUGCAGAACAGAGAAUCAGACAGACCCUGGGCUCUGACACUAUUCUUGAUGAUGUUCCCCUCCAUUUACAGAGCAGCUUGAUGCUCACCAGGCCCUGUUCUCUCUUGGCCUGUGCACCAGAGAUCUUAUUCCCAUUCCUAGUAAGAGUUUUAUUCCAUGGUCCACCAUCUUUUAUCUGCAAUUCUGAUGUCCCCCAAAGCUCUGGAAACUGAUAGUUUUCCCACGAUGUGGCAUACCAUUUGGUUACAAAACCUGACCUGACCUUAUGAGGCACAAUUUUCAGUCCUAACUUAUUCCACUUACUGUGAAUGUCCACACCUUUGAAGGAAAUAUUAACUU